CCUCUUUUCGCGUGUCGUCUCGUCAGUUCCUCGGGUCUCUCGGGUUUCGGAUCGAUCAAAAAAUCCAUCGAAUCCGACCCGACCCCGUGAAAACCACUUAUUCCCAUCCUUUCAAGACCCGAAUCAUUCACAAUGAAGAAAAAAAAAAUUAAUUAAAACGUGUGUAGAUCUCGUCGUUAACUUUUCGUCAGCUCCUGAUGUGAAGGAGAAACCAUAAAUUUGUGGGAAGGGGUAAUUUUUUUGCCAACGCUCAAUUCGUCUACUGGACUUCUUCGAGUGUGAUUCCUCACAUGAACAUUUUGAAGCAUGGAAUUAUCAGCAGACGACGAUUUUCUCGCGUCACCAGAUAUGGCGGAGCUCUUAAUUCUCGCAUUAGCAUCUGAGUUCGUUGAUGAAUCAUUUCUCCAUUUCAGCAUCGCAAAUUUCCUUUAUUCACUCACUGCAAGAUCCGUUGUUGGAAGUUUGUUCUCAAGAGCAAGAAGUUGUGAUUGCUUUAGGAAGCAAUGUGGGUGAUAGAUUGUAUAAUUUCAAUGAGGCUUUGAAAUUAAUGAAAAGGGAAGGGAUACAUAUUACAAGACAUGCUUGUUUAUAUGAGACAGCACCAGCCUAUGUCACCGAUCAACCUCAAUUUCUCAACUCUGCCGUUAGAGCUUUCACAAAGCUUGGGCCACAUGAACUAUUGAGCACAGUUAAGAGAAUAGAGAAGGAGCUGGGUCGUACUGCUGGUAUACGGUAUGGCCCGAGGCCGAUUGACUUGGAUAUUUUGUUGUAUGGAAGAUAUAGAGUACACUCGGAUGUUCUCACUGUCCCUCAUGAAAGAAUUUGGGAAAGGCCAUUUGUACUGGCUCCUUUGAUUGAUUUGCUGGGUUCAGAUGUUGAUACAGAUGUUGUUUCUGGAUGGCAUUCUUUAGCUCCUGAUCAUGGUGGGCUUUUUGAAUCCUGGGAGAAAUUGGGUGGUGAAUCUCUUAUUGGUAAAGAAGGAAUGCGAAGGGUUUUGCCCAUUGGAAACAGCUUAUGGGACUGGUCCUGCAAGACUUCCAUCAUGGGGAUCCUUAAUUUGACACCUGAUAGUUUUAGUGACGGAGGCAAGUUCCAAUCCGUUGAAGCUGCAGUUUCUCAGGUGCGUUCAAUGGUUUCGGAUGGUGCUGAUAUGAUUGACAUUGGUGCUCAAUCAACACGGCCCAUGGCACCUAGGAUUUCUGUUGAAGAAGAAUUAGAUAGAUUGGUUCCUGUUUUGGAAGCUGUGACAGGAAUGCCAGAGAUGAGUGGCAAGCUCAUAUCUGUAGAUACGUUUUAUUCGGAAGUCGCUUUAGAAGCUGUCAAAAAAGGGGCUCAUAUUGUAAAUGAUGUAUCUGCUGGGCAGUUGGAUCCUCAAAUGCAUAGUGUUGUUUCUGAUCUUGACGUGCCUUAUAUUGCAAUGCACAUGAGAGGAGACCCAUAUACAAUGCAAAACACUCAGAAUUUACAGUAUGAUGAUGUCUGUAAUCAGAUUGCCUCUGAGCUACACUUGAGGAUUAGAGAUGCAGAAUCGUCAGGCAUCCCAGCCUGGAGGAUAAUCGUUGAUCCCGGGAUUGGGUUUUCGAAGAAUACCAAGCAAAACUUGGAAAUUCUUACAGGUCUACCAAAGAUCCGAGCAGAGAUUGCAAGGAGAAGUUUGGGAUUGUCUCAUGCUCCUAUGUUGUUUGGACCUUCAAGAAAGAAGUUCCUCGGUGAAGUGUGUUCGCGAUCUGUUGCAACAGAGCGAGAUCCUGCAACGGUUGCUGCAAUUACCAUAGGGGUUCUCGGUGGUGCAAACAUCGUUAGAGUUCAUAAUGUGAGAGAUAAUGCAGAUGCAGUGAGUCUAUGUGAUGCGAUGGUGAAGGAGAAAAGAGCUGAAGCGUGAUCUUAGAAACACAAACUUUUGUUUCGAUAAUUUAUUUUCAAAAAAUGAUGUAUGCUUACCGUUACA